GAGCACCAGUGUGUCGUUGUUCUAAUAACUACAUUUCAUCAUUCACCAUUCAGUAACAAGAUUAACCACUAACUUAACUCUUAUCCAUCGAGCUCCAGACUUUCCAUUUGAAUCUCCAAAUGUGACCUUAGAUGAGAGCAGCAUAUCUACAUCAAAAGCGAAGUGGUUUAUUUUGACUCUUCCCAGCUCCUGUAUUUGUGUCGGCAGCCCGUUUGUUUUGACUGUUUAUAGGCAUUUUGGUGUCUGUUCGAAAACCUGCUUCAAGCGUGCAGCCAGUAGCGCUGACUGUGACAUCACUGCGGACCGACGUCCGGGUUAACGUCAACUAGCGAGCUGCUAACGAUAAAGCGAAGCCCCGGCUCCCACAAUAAACGACAGCGAAGGCGUUUACUCAUCUGCAGAGUGGACAGAAAACAGAGCUGUGGCAUCAUGUCGGACAAAAGUGAGCUGAAAGCUGAGCUUGAAAGGAAGAAACAACGCCUUGCACAAAUCAGAGAGGAGAAGAAAAGGAAGGAGGAGGAGCGCAAGAAGCAAGCGGCGGACCAAUUGAAAGAGGCUGCACAUCACCAGGAUGAUUCAGAACUGGAUAAAAAAAGACGUGAGGCUGAGGCUCUUCUCCAGAGUAUGGGCAUCACUGCAGAAGCUCCUCUUGCCCCUCCCCCUAUCUCUCCAACUACUAAAUCGGCGGGCACCCCAAGUGAGGCAGGGAGCCAAGACUCUGAUGGUGCCGUUGGACCCAGGACUCUGCACUGGGACUCUGACCCGUCCACUCUUCAACUUCAUUCUGAUUCUGAGCUGGGGCGUGGAACUCCAAAACUGGGAAUGGCCAAAGUCACACACGUGGACUUCCCUCCACGUGAGACUGUGUCCUACACAAAAGAGACCCAGACACCUGUCGUGACUCAGCAAAAAGAAGAGGAAGAAGAAGAGGAAGAAAGUGCUGCACCUCAACCAGUUGUGGAGACUCAGACUGAGAAAGUGGACCAGAAAGUGGAGGAGGAAGCCCCCUACGAGCUGACGGAGGAGGAAAAACUCCAGAUCCUGCACUCCGAAGAGUUUGUGAAUUUCUUCGACCACAGCACGCGCAUCAUUGAGCGGGCUCUCUCGGAGCACGUCGACCUCUUCUUUGACUACAGCGGCCGCGACCUGGAGGAGAAGGAGGGUGAAAUCCAGGCCGGAACAAAGCUCUCUCUCUACAGGAAGUUCCAGGAUGAGCGCUGGUCCAAGCAUCGUGUGGUCACCUGCCUGGACUGGUCCACCCAGUAUCCUGAACUGCUCCUCGCCUCAUACAACAACAAUGAGGAAGCGCCUCACGAGCCAGACGGCGUGGCCUUAGUGUGGAACAUGAAGUACAAGAAGGCCACACCGGAGUACGUCUUCCACUGUCAGUCUGCUGUUAUGUCGGCCGCGUUUGCCAAGUUCCACCCCAACGUUGUGGUGGGGGGGACAUACUCGGGCCAGAUUGUACUGUGGGACAACAGGAGCAACAAGAGGACCCCGAUGCAGAGGACUCCCCUGUCGGCGGCAGCACACACGCACCCUGUAUACUGCGUCAAUGUGGUUGGCACCCAGAAUGCCCACAACCUCAUUAGCAUCUCCACUGAUGGCAAGAUUUGCUCCUGGAGUCUGGACAUGCUCUCCCAGCCACAGGACAGCAUGGAGCUGGUGUUCAAGCAGUCCAAAGCUGUAGCUGUCACCUCCAUGUCUUUCCCUCUCGGAGAUGUCAACAAUUUCGUGGUGGGCAGCGAGGACGGCUCCGUCUACAUGUCGUGUCGUCAUGGAAGCAAAGCGGGCAUCAGUGAGAUGUUUGAGGGCCACCACGGGCCCAUCACAGGGAUCAACUGCCACACAGCUGCAGGCCCUCUGGACUUCUCCCACCUGUUUGUCACCUCCUCUUUCGACUGGACUGUCAAGCUGUGGAGCACCAAGAACAACAAGCCGCUCUACUCAUUUGAAGACAACUCUGAUUACGUGUAUGAUGUCAUGUGGUCUCCGACCCACCCCGCUCUGUUUGCUUGUGUGGACGGCGUGGGUCAUCUGGACCUGUGGAACCUCAACAACGACACCGAGGUUCCUACCGCCAGCGUCACAGUGGAGGGUAACCCGGCUCUCAACAGGGUCAGAUGGGCUCAAUCUGGCAGAGAAAUCGCCGUGGGAGACUCUGAUGGACGAGUUCUUGUGUAUGAUGUUGGAGAGCAAACCGCGGUUCCACGGAACGACGAGUGGACCCGCUUUGUCCGCACGCUGGCCGACAUCAACGAGAACAGAGAUGAUGCAGAGGAGCUGGCCGCUCAGCGCCUGGCCGCCUGAUCUACUCGCCACAGAGGCGAUAUUUAUGGGACCAGUGGCUUGUUGACAUCAGCCUUGUUUUUGAUGGAAGGAAAAGAUGUGACAACAUGACCAGGGGGGGAACAGAUGAUGUUUUUGAUCAUGAAGAAGUACGGACGUCUUUUGAUUUCAAAUCUGCCUUCUCAGUUAGCUGGACCGUCGCCAGUCUUCCUUGGAUUCACCAAGCGACAGGACUAUCGACCUCAAACACUAACAUGAUGCCAUAUUCACAAAACACAAAUCAGUUGUCCUUCUUUUUUCUUUCAAACCAGAUGCCUUAAACUUACAUUUUGAUUGUACAGUCUUACCUGUUUUCAUUUCGGCCAUGAUGUGACAACAUGACCGGGGGAAAAUGAGGUCAUGAUCAUGAGCCUUAUUUUUUAGUUCCUGAAUCCAAAUAGGUAACACUCUAGCUGACUUCUAUUUCCACCAGCAAUCACAUCUUUAAAAACUUUGUAUAACUGUUGAACCAUGUUGUCAUCUCCGUUCUUUUUCGACUCGUUUGUAAGAUCCAGAUGUCUUUCUACUUUCUCUAUUGGUCUACACUGCACCGGUUUGCACUUAAUCAGUGCAGCUGGUUAGACUGGACAUAGUUGAAAUAUCCUCAAUGCCUAAGAAGAUGCUCAUGUAUGCUGUAACUGCUCAGUGAUGUAUGUUGACAGGAUCUGAACAGAUUAUUUUGUUGCUGGAAGAAUCUCAAAGUUUGGUGUCAAAUAUAAGAAUGUACUUUUCACACAGCAGAAACAAACAGUUUGAAUGUUUUAUUUCAAUAAAAUACAAUAAAUACAUUUAAAUAUG